AUGUCCAAACGAUGGUUGACUGUUGAGAACAACAACAACGGUGUUGCUUCAGAAUUGUCUCCCAAGUGCUUUUUUGUCGAAAACACUGACACAGCCGUCGAGGUUAAGCCUUGCGAACAGUCGCGGAUACCACAGUUGGAUUAUCAUCAGUCGAGAAGUCCUGGUACGAUGUUUACCAGACGAUCAAUGGUUCAGGGUCAGUCGCUGAAGGAGAACCUCUGUUACUGGCCUGAAGGAUUCAUCACUCCCAUGGAGGCAGAAACACCUCCAAGACCAAGUAACAGGCCCUUCAGAGAAGAAGAGCCCAGGUCCGUUCACUCAUCCCACGAUCUUGUCCAUCCAGUCCCAAAGCCCAAUCUGUACCUGGCUGCCAACAACUUUGCCUCUUUCACCGAAGACAACGAGGAGCAAGACACAGUCUCCCCGUUUGGCCCAGUGGAGAACCCAACAGAGAACAAGCUCUUCUUCGGCAGACAAACUCUGCCCAAUAACAACAGUUCCGGGGAUCUCUCCUCCCAGUUCCAGCAGUCUCGCGGCUCGUCGGAUGAGAGCUCUGUCACUACACUUGAGGAUAGCUACACCCACACCCCAGUCCCCUGCACAACCAGUGCCGCCACGCCGCUGUCCUGGGUAACAUCCGACAUCCCAAGUCCAUGGAGCAGCACACAUCCUCAAAUCCCCGGCCACAGCGAUGCCAGCUGGGUCAACGUGCAAUGUCUCGCCAACGGAAACCCUUAUUACUGCCCCGUCAACCCCGAGUUCGAUCCCUCGGUGGCAAUCAACGAUGGCUGUUUCCAUGGCCUCCCUCUCGUGGAUCACGAUCAAUAUCCUCCAGAGUCGCCCCUCUUUGUAAAUCCAUGCAGAUCAGACUUUGAUUCUGGCUUCAGCAAGGAACAACCCAUACCCCCUCAAAUUUUUAAUCAACUCGUGCCCUUUGCUUCUGAAAAUCAGAGCACUUAUCGAUUGAACCCACCUAUCCACGCCCCCGUCACCCACACUCCUGAUGCAAACCCAUCCCAUCGAGAUCGAAUGAAUAUCAGAACAAUCCCCUGCCACAGCGACACCCGAAACGCAUUCCUGAUAGAAUGCAAGCGCCGCGGCCUCUCAUACAAAGACAUCAAAAGAAUCGGCGGCUUCAAAGAAGCAGAAUCCACACUCCGCGGCAGGUUUCGAACACUCACAAAAACAAAAGAACAACGCGUGAGGAAACCACAAUGGCAGGAGAAAGAUAUACAACUUCUCUGUGAAGCAGUCAAUGCCUGUUCUGAAUCAUGCAGGCGAACACCUCGCUCGUAUGGCUCUUUCUGUCGCUUAAAAGAUACCACGCAGCCACCUAGGAUAUCAUGGAAAAAGGUCGCCCAGUACAUUUGGGCCCAUGGGGGUUCAUAUCAUUUUGGGAAUGCAACGUGUAAGAAGAAGUGGUGUGAGGUACAUAAUGUCGCUUUCAGUGGUUGA